GAGAGCGUAUACAGGAUGUCCUCACAUUCGAAUUCUUGAUAAGAAUAAGGUGUGUGAGUUUUCUGGUAGAAAAUGAAAGUGGUAAAAUGCAGGUUGAUCAGUCGUGUUUAGUUCAAAGCCGUUGCACAUCGCGUUGGUCAGGAUGGCGGACAUCAAAAUGUGUGGUGGAGGUGGUGGUGGGAGGAGGCGGAAAAGAAAUGUGCACAGUUUUAUGGCCAGACUUUCAUUAAUUUUUCUCCUCUGCGGGUCCUGCUCGAGUUUUUUUAUAGACCUCGAAAGCCUGGGGUUUUCGACAAGUGCAAGUGAUUUGGAUGGGGCUGGUGACGAUAAUAAGAAUUCUGGAUCCAAUAAAUUACUUAUUGCAGCCCCCAGUGAAACCCAACAAGAGAUGGUUGAAAUCGAGUCCAAGUCUGAUCCCACCAAAUCCGUCAAGUUAACAUUAGCGGAACUGAAGCAAUUAGUUCUUGGCACAGUGAAAGAUUUGACCCCAAAUCCCCAUCCUAUAAAUAUCCAAAUCACUUCAAACAAGGACCGCGCUCCUACAACUACCACACCCAAACCAAAAAAAGUGAAUAAAUACAAGUACAAGCAGGACUCCAUGUUGGCUGCCUAUGCCAAAUCCAGAGAUCCAGAGUUUAAUUCAGAUGAAGAGUUAUCUUGGAAACGACCCCAGUCGACCUCCUUCAUUCUGCCACCCUACGAUGAUGACGAAGGUCUUGGGGAGCAUUAUUUGGAGAGCAAUGAGAUCACAGACUUUAAUGGUGGAGGAAUUGGCAGUCUUACAAAGGUCAAGGGCAGUGGCGAAAAGGGGUGGUUCGACACGGCUAAAGCUGUUUUUAGAGCCCCAAAUCACGUCGUGAACUCGUACUCUAAAAGUUUCAAUAGAUGGAGAGGUGGUGGAAAGCCAAAGCAGCCGCAACAACGCCACCGACCCAUCGCCGACAUUACUUACUCACCAGAACAGCGACGGAGAAACAAGCAGCGUCCGCCACCCUCGCGGAGUGGCCGACGGCCCAACAGUCGCCCCAGAGGACGUCCCUACCAUCGUCGUCGUGGACAAUCGCAGAAACCUCACAACAGACGCACUUCAUACUUUGACGAUAAGUAUGACACCAGUGAGUACUCGUCGCACCAAAAUGGCGGAGGACGCUACUCCUCGUCCUCCUAUUCCAACGGCUAUUACGGUGGGGGUGACAAGGCCUGGGACAGGACGGAUCAUCUGACCUCUGUUGGUGCCAUAUUUGAUAGCACGAUGCCUCAAGACGACAUGCCGUAUAAUAUGAACCCUCCUAUGCCAUAUUGAGAAUUUACUGAACGGUCACAAAAAAAUCCACUCAAAUGAGUCUAAUCAAACCAGCAGAAUGCCAUAAUUCGAUGAUGACAAUGCCAUUAUUCUCAUACAUCUCAUUUCUUGAAUGGAAGAAUAAGAGUCACCCAUUUAGAUCAUUCUUAUGUUUUUAUGUCAUGCAACUUUGCACCGUUAUGACUUUACCCACUAUAUUUACAUUCACAUAUAGCCAAUUAAAUUAUUUGUAGUGUUAGGAAGAUCAAACUGUAAGCACGAAAUAUAUACGAAAUAAACGUUAAACAAAACUUUUAUUCAAGUCA